AUGAGUUUCAAUCGUAAUAACCCUUAUGCUCAAGGGAAUCCUUAUGAAAAUGAUGAAUAUGAACUGGAUGACCAAGAUUUCAAUGCUCCUCCAACCGUCGAUAACACUAUAAACACAGACAAAGGUGUUAUCGAAGAUUAUAAUUCAAAUAAUCCUUAUGCGCAUAAUAAUCAUACAAAUACAGUUAUACAACAACCAGAACAUACUUAUUCUCCGCCAUCAAACAAUGAUAUUAAUGAUGCAUACAAAAAUAACGAAACAUAUACUUCAACUUUAUCAUAUUCUAAAAAUCCAGUAACAACAACUACAAAUGAUCGUAAUGAUAAUGAUGAUUUUGUAGAUUUCAUGAGACAAAUUAAUGAUAUCAAUUCAAAUUUAAAUGAUUAUGAAACUAUUAUAAACCAAAUUGAUAAUUACCAUAGAUCUUUACUAGCAGAAGUUAAUGAAGAUGAACAAGAUCAAUUGAGAAGAGAUUUGGAUGACUUGACCUCUCAAGCUACAAAUUUACAAUAUCUAUUAAAGGACAAGAUUAAGAAUGUUCAAAGAUUAGGUUUGAGAGAUUCUUCAAAAGAAGCUCAAGCUGAAAAAUCAAGACAAAAAUUCUUAAAAUUAAUUCAAGACUAUAGAAUCAUUGAUUCAGAUUAUAAAGAUCAAAAUAAAGAACAAGCUAUGAGACAAUAUAAAAUUAUUCAACCCGAUGCUACUGAUGAAGAAGUAGAAGCUGCUAUUACAGAUGCUGGUGGCCAACAAAUCUUCUCACAAGCUUUAUUAAAUGCUAACAGACGUGGUCAAGCUAAAUCCACUUUAACUGAAGUUCAAGCAAGACAUCAAGAAUUGUUACAAUUAGAAAAGACUAUGGCGGAAUUGACCCAAUUAUUUAAUGAUAUGGAACAAUUAGUCAUUGAACAACAAGAAAACAUCGAAGCUAUUGAUCAACACGUAGAAAAUGCUCAACAAGAUUUAGAACAAGGUGUAGGCCAUACAAACAAGGCUGUUGUUUCCGCAAGAAAGGCAAGAAAGAAUAAGGUGAGAUGUUAUAUCAUUAUAGCUGCUAUUAUUCUAGUCAUUAUUAUUGCUUCUGUUGUUCCUUCCGUUGUGGCAACUCAAGUAUAA